AGGAACAGUAAUUGAGCUGAAACCCCCGAAACAACCCAUCGAUUUACAAUCAGACCCCGGUCCCUACCAGACCUCAUCCCAUGUGAACGGUCUAUGUGCUUUAAUUGAAGACAUCAGCGGUGAAGAGGCUGUGGGAUGCUUUUGCCGGGUGAAUUGUGACGCACCAGUUGACGGAACUGACUGACAGCUGGUGAAGAUUACGUCUGCAUUUUUAACAGCGAGACUUUAAAAUCCAGAUCAUAAGACCUGGCGUCACCACUGAAAGACCCAGAGAGGCGCGCAUUUGCCAUAUAUAAGCGGGCGCUCCGACAUCUUUUCAUCUUGACUACGACAGAUCAUCUCAUCUUGAUCAGCCCGCUCUUUGCCAUCGACGGACACCCCUCAGUGGACGGGAUUCCCUGCAGACGCUUCAGGUCGUUCUUCUGAGUCCAGCGCCUGCAGCGAAGAUUCACCUGCCCCCUCUAGUGUUCUGGUGAAGAAGUCUCUCUGCCUUGCCGACGGAUCGGGUUAUUCGCUCAGCGAGACAUCUACCCGCUUCCCACAGCAUCCAGGCAGGGGGAUGAUGGAGAACGGAGGAUUUUGCAGUGACUAUUAUAAUGGUGAAAGCAGCGAUGAGUUGGUGGAUAUUUCAGUUGUCACGGUGGAUUUCAGUGAGGAUGUGCCGCCUUUGGACAGAGAUUACAGUGAGGGAUGCUGUAAAGGAGAGUGGACACACAACAGCAGUCCUAAGCUGAUGGAUCUGCUAGAUGAGACUGUUCCUGGCAUUGGAACCUAUGAGGACUUCAACACCAUUGACUGGGUUAGGGAGAAGUCAAAAGAUCGAGACCGGCAUAGAGAGAUCACGAAUAAGAGUAAGCAAUCUAUGACAGCCCUGCUCUUUAGCAUCAAUGAUGCUUUUUCUGGCUGGCUUCUUAUGCUGCUCAUCGGACUCAUGUCAGGGGCAUUGGCUGGAGGGAUAGACAUUGCCGCCCAUUGGAUGACAGACCUGAAAGAGGGUGUGUGCCUUAACGGGUUCUGGUUUAACCAUGAGCACUGCUGCUGGGCAUCCAAUGAGACUACUUUCCAGGAAAGAGACAAGUGUCCUCAGUGGAGAAGCUGGGCAGAACUCAUGGUUGGAGUCAGUGAGGGGGCUAGUGCCUAUGUGGUGAAUUAUCUGAUGUAUGUGUGCUGGGCUCUUUUCUUCGCCUGCCUGGCUGUGACUCUGGUGAGAGCCUUCGCCCCUUAUGCUUGUGGUUCAGGAAUUCCAGAGAUCAAAACCAUCCUGAGUGGCUUUAUAAUCCGAGGGUACCUGGGAAAGUGGACUCUGAUCAUAAAGACCAUCACACUGGUGCUGGCUGUCUCGUCAGGCCUCAGUCUGGGGAAGGAGGGCCCACUGGUUCAUGUAGCCUGCUGCUGCGCAAACAUCCUCUGCCAUUUUUUCACCAAAUACUGUCGGAAUGAGGCCAAGAGACGAGAGGUUUUGUCUGCAGCAUCUGCAGUGGGGGUGUCUGUUGCGUUUGGUGCUCCUAUUGGAGGGGUGCUUUUCAGUCUGGAGGAGGUCAGUUACUACUUCCCUCUGAAGACUCUGUGGCGUUCUUUCUUCGCUGCACUGGUUGCAGCCUUCACCCUUCGCUCUAUAAAUCCCUUUGGCAACAGCCGUUUGGUUCUUUUCUACGUGGAGUUUCACACUCCCUGGCACCUUCUAGAACUCAUACCUUUUGUUCUACUAGGCAUCUUUGGGGGCCUUUGGGGAGCUUUCUUCAUUCGUGCUAACAUUGCCUGGUGUCGUCGGCGAAAGAGCACCUGCCUUGGGCACUACCCUGUCGUGGAGGUUCUGGUGGUGACCCUGGUCACAGCUUUACUGGCAUUUCCGAAUGAGUACACACAGAUGAGCAGCAGUGAGCUGAUCUCUGAGCUGUUCAACGACUGCGGUCUGCUGGACUCAUCGAAGCUCUGCAAUUAUACCGACAACAGCAAAAAUGGGCUAGGAAGCUUGAAUGCUAGUGAUGGCAUUAACAGUCUGGCAGAUCGGGUGGCGGGACCAGGGCUCUAUACGGCAAUUUGGCAGCUAGCACUGGCACUGGUCUUUAAGGCGCUCAUCACUGUGGUUACAUUUGGCAUGAAGGUGCCAUCCGGACUGUUCAUCCCCAGUAUGGCGGUGGGCGCCAUAGCUGGCCGACUGCUUGGUGUUGGUAUGGAGCAACUGGCCAUCUACCACCAUGAUUGGACUGUUUUCAGAGGCUGGUGCUCUCCUGGGGCGGACUGCAUCACACCGGGUCUAUAUGCCAUGGUGGGCGCUGCAGCCUGUCUGGGUGGUGUGACCCGUAUGACAGUCUCUCUUGUGGUUAUCAUGUUUGAGCUGACUGGUGGUUUAGAGUACAUCGUGCCCCUCAUGGCUGCCGCUAUGACCAGUAAAUGGGUCUCGGAUGCUUUGGGUCGUGAGAGCAUCUAUGAGGCCCACAUCCGUCUCAAUGGUUACCCCUUCCUUGAGCCUAAAGAGGAAUUCCGCCACCAGACUCUUGCCACGGAUGUGAUGCACCCACGGCGGAGCGACCCACCGCUGUCUGUGCUGACACAGAGUGGAAUGACGGUAGAGGAGGUAGAGAGGCUCAUCGCAGACACCACAUACAGCGGCUUUCCUGUGGUCAUCUCACAUCAGUCUCAGAGACUGGUGGGCUUUGUGUUGAGGAGGGAUCUUGUCAUAUCCUUAGAAAAUGCACGCAGACAUCAGGAGGGCAUAGUCAGCGUGUCUGCUGUCCUGUUCACCGAGUGUGCUCCACCCUCGUCACCCAACGGUCCUCCUGCUGUCAACCUGUACAGCAUCUUAGACCUCAGCCCCUUCACCGUCACUGUGCACACACCCAUGGAAAUCGUGGUGGACAUCUUCCGCAAGCUCGGCCUGCGACAGUGCCUCGUCACUCAGAAUGGGCGUUUGCUGGGAAUCAUUACUAAAAAGGACAUUCUUAAACACAUGGCGCAGAUGGCCAACAGAGACCCAGAUUCAAUCCUCUUCAACUGAAUGCUCUCAGGACUCGAUAGAAAGGACAAAACACACUCUCCUGCAAACAUUAAGAGCUGAACUAUCCUGUGAUGAUGGUGAUAGGAGUAUGUGUGUGUAUGUCACUGAGGUGUUGCUAUUAUAGAGCAAAAUGAGAGUGGCCUACGGCAGUUUUUGCCGCAGUGGAACUGGACAUGUUCCUACAGGAUCUGCUGUCCCGGCUCCUGGAACUUCCAUGGCUAUUUUGACUAUCCUGAGGCUAAAAAGACAUUAAUGUGAAACAUAUGGAAAACUCAUAUUAGCCCUGAGAAAAUCUGUUGCCAUCAGGACUACUUGACAACUUCCGAUCUAGACUAUGCUUUUCUCAAUCACACAUACACUCAAAUUUGGUAAAUUGAAGGACUUUUUGAGCUGUUUAUUUAUUUAUGGUGCACUUGCCAUCCCUUCAGUGAUGUGUGACCUCAAAAGGAACCUCAGAACAGUGAGAACAUUCCUGAGAUGAUCUGGGAACAUGCACCGAUGGUGUCAUGUCUGAACCUGUGUGCGUCGAGCAAUCCCUGUGGGAAGAUGAAGAUGCUCUUUUGUACAAGUGCAUUUGACUAAGUAGAAAAGAGAUCUGGUGUGUCACGUUAAGUCACACAUGCUCUUUCUCUGUUACACUCAUCCUCACUAACUAAACACCCUCAGUGGUUGUGUUUCUCCAUUUCUCACUCCGAAGACUUUGAGAAGGAGGUUUAGAAGAUCAAGUUCUGAUAGUGUGCCAUUCUGUAAGUGUUUAUGUGUAUGCUUCACUUCAGUUGGACAGCAGCCAGCAUUCAUUUUAUGGCUGAAUGUGCUUCAAUAGUUCUUAGUUAUGCUUUAUGUUGAAGAGGCCUGAUCUUUUUCUGUUUCUGUCUUUUUCCCUCUCACAAAUCUGAGCUUGUUGUUCUCAGUGAGUUUGGCAGUGUCUAAUGUUUUCCAAAACAUAAAUCUGUUGUGGUUACAAAAUGACCAGUUUUCUCUCAGCUUCCCAAAUGAAACAAACUGUGUCCUGCAGUUCUCAUAUGGAGCCACCAGAAGGCACUAUUCACUGAUUGUCCAGUCUGAACUGUGUGCGCCAUCUGAUUGACUCCUGGCCGGCUUCACUCACUGGGUGGAUUUCAGAAAGCUUACAUGUCAUUACCUCAGGGACUCCUUUAGCAAUCCCUCAAUGUCUUCAUCCUUGUGUCAGAGCAACUGAACCCUUGUUCAUAGUCUCUUUGGUGAUGUGUAGGUGAUUUUAUAUUCCGCACCUGCUCAAACUUAAGUUCUCAUCCUCCGUUUUCUACCCACUAGUCUUUUGCACGUAACCAAGCUCUCGUCCUCAGACAACCUCAGUGAAGCAUCACCCGAUGCCUUCCUUUUUUGACAAUGAGGAUCCUAUCAUGACAUAACCUCCCUUUAAUGAAAGGGUGAAACGUUUGAUAGUUAUUUACUGUAGUUCCCUUCCUUGGCACACUUGCUCGACUUUAUGUCUCUGCAUGUUUUGAAACCUCCGCCCUUCCACCCCCCGUCAGUUCAAUGCAUGUUUUUCCCCCUUUGGCAUUUUGAGUUGUUUAUGGCCUAUUAAAGGCAUUCUAUUUCUUUUCAUGCUUUUUCUUUCCCUGCUUGCCGUAAUUCCCGGGAGUUAGAUUUGGGGCAGGGAGGUCGGAGAGGGCUAUUGUUCCCGCUCGCUCCUGUUCGUCUGGGCUCUCGGUCGCCAGGAUGUCCCCCGACCGCUUCCCUCAAGCACCGUCACGCAGCCCGAUCUGCUUUCCACUCUUAGAAAGACAAUUUCCGGUUUGGCUUUUAAACAACAAGCAACUCUACACUGUUAUAAUAGAGCAGGAAAAAAAGAAAUUCUUGAGCUCUGAUAACUGAAUGUAAAGGUGUGUGUUUGUGUGUUAGGGGACAGUGCGGGUGUUGGACGGAGGGAUUAUGUCUUUCUCUUUUGCCUUCCUAGGAAAACAUGGGAAUGAGGGUGGAGGGAGAGGGAGAGGAGAAAAGGUUAAUUAAACAGUGUUCACUGGUCAGUGGAAGGAUCAUUUCACAAAGGUCCCUUCUGUGUCACACAGGGGUUAUUGGAGAGACUUGGCACGAAGGACUUCCACUCAUUCCUGCAGUUAGGGUGGGUGCUGAGCCUCUCUCUGUGCUGUAACCCAACACUUGACUGGUGUAGAAGGACCCGAGCCAGGACCAAAUGAAAUGUUGUAAUGUAAAACAGGACAUGCCACAGACCUACAAUGCUCUUAUCAACAGAACAUGGGCUUCCACCUUCUGUGUGGAUUUCUGCUUUAAUACCUUUUCUUAUGUUAAAACUCCAAGUGUUGAAACUAGUUUAAAGUUUCACAUGCUGUUCAUUCUUGGUAAAGCAAACAAGCAAACCAGAAACAAGUAAGCAGUUGCUUUGGUGUCGUCUACUUGAGAAUGUGCCUGAUUUCCAUGUAAAUACACUUCACAGUUUAGUGCCGAGGACAAAUGCUAAACCGUAGUGAAUGGCGUCAAUGAGUAUGUUUACGAUAUAGAUCUUAAAAACAUGAUUUUUCUCACCAAAAAUGGCAAUAUGGUUAAUAACGAAAUCGCUAUUACAAAGCACUCCUCAGAAAUGAAGAAUUCAUAAUUGGUUUAUUUUUCUAAAAGAAUGCAUUCUAGUGCAGUAUUUUUACAUUAUUGUAAUAAUGUCAAAUGAAUUUUUCAUAUGAAUAAAUCUGAAUUUUGCAUUCCA